AUGGCUGCCCCGGACAGCACACCCAACCCACUCUCAACCCCAACUGGCUCGACCCACCAGGACGCACGAGGACAGAAGCACGCCACAGGCCACUCGCCCGAAACCCCUCGAACACCAUUCAGCGCCAAGAACACCUUUUACGAUUACCAGGAGGAGAGAAAACUACAGCAGGAGGACGGCAAGUACUGGGCUCACCAUCCGUCUGAUAUGGCCACCGCCACCAGUACUGCCACUACCACUUCAAACAAUCUGACCUUCAAGAAUGUCGACUCAAUCGAGCAGAAACUACUCAAUCCAUCUACUUCCAGCCAUGCCUUGGCCCCCGAAUGGCCCCAACAAGCCUCGCAUUCAUCCAGCCAAACCGACCCAUUCUAUGAGCCACCGCAGGCAGAUCAACCAAAACCAAUCUUGAACGAAAACUCCCCUCUGAUCAACGAUGAAGACACACACCUGUCAGAAGAGCUCCGCUCGCUCUAUGAAUCCUUUCAAGCCUGUCUAGACCUGCGCGAUAAAUACAUCGGACUCUCUAAGCAGAGACUGGUCGAUAACCCACAAUCGUUCGACUCCAAGGUCAUCCAUCAAUCAAUUGCAAAGGGUACCGCGCCUGCCCAUCCGGAGUGGAACAUCUAUCCACCACCACCCAAACCUCACUGGCGAGCUAACUCGGACUACCAAGCCGAAGAAGCCUGGGAUUUCCAUCCCAGAGACUCGCGCGAUCAGCUACAGGAUCACCCUGCCUCACCACGUCUCGAGUUCGACUUCGACGCGUGUACCUUGCCUGGCCAGGACGGACGAUUUCGAUUUGCAAUCGACUCGCAUGGGGUCUAUCAGAUCUAUCAUGUCAACAGUACUGCGACUCCUCCUAAUACCUGCAAUAACCAACCGGUUUUCAAAAUCCCUACCAUUCGCGAAUAUUUCCUCGACUUGGAGUUUGUGUUCGAGGCUAUCUCCAACGGGCCGGCCAAGAGCUUUGCCUGGAGGAGGUUAAAAUACCUUGAAUCAAAAUUUAGCAUGUAUGUCUUGUUGAAUGAAUAUCAAGAGCUGGCAGAUAUGAAGCGAGUCUCUCAUCGUGACUUUUAUAACGUCCGUAAGGUCGAUACUCAUGUCCACCACUCAGCCUCCAUGAAUCAGAAACACUUGCUCCGGUUCAUCAAAUCCAAAAUGAAGAAAAGUCCAGAUGACGUCGUCAUUUAUCGAGACGAGAAAUACUUGACUUUGAGACAAGUGUUUGAGUCCUUAAACCUUACUGCUUAUGAUUUGUCGAUUGAUACCUUAGAUAUGCAUGCCCAUAAUGACUCAUUCCACCGAUUUGAUAAGUUCAAUUUAAAGUAUAAUCCAAUCGGCGAAUCUAGAUUAAGGGAAAUCUUCUUGAAAACCGACAACUUAAUCGAAGGCCGAUAUUUAGCUGAAUUAACACAAGAAAUCAUGACCGAUCUAGAAUUGAGUAAAUACCAACACGCUGAAUACAGGCUGUCGAUUUAUGGCCGCUCGACAGACGAAUGGGAUAAACUGGCUAAAUGGGUGAUCAACAAUAAACUGUUUUCUAACAAUGUCAGAUGGUUGAUCCAAAUUCCUCGCCUCUAUGACGUGUACAAACGGAGUGGAUUGAUUGAAUCGUUCGAAGAUCUAGUCACCAACGUAUUUCAGCCAUUGUUCGAAGUCACUAAGGAUCCCCAAAGCCAUCCCGAAUUGCAUGUCUUUCUACAACGAGUUAUUGGGUUUGAUUGUGUCGAUGACGAGUCCAAGCCAGAGAAGAGAAUAUAUCGCAAAUAUCCACUACCGAAAGAUUGGUCAACAUCUCAAAACCCUCCAUAUGCAUAUUGGUUAUACUACCUGUAUGCGAACAUGGCGUCAUUGAAUAACUGGCGGCAGAGCCGGCAUUUCAACACCUUUGUCCUGCGCCCACAUGCGGGAGAGGCAGGAGAUCCGGACCACUUGACGGCCGCUUACCUGACCUCCCACUCGAUUUCUCAUGGGAUCCUUCUGCGCAAGGUGCCAGCGCUACAGUAUCUCUUCUACUUGAAACAGAUCGGCUUGGCUAUGAGCCCCUUGUCCAACAACGCCCUUUUCCUCACCUACGAACGCAACCCCCUACCCCUCUUCUUUCGCACCGGGCUGAACGUUAGCCUCAGUACUGAUGACCCGCUCCAAUUUCAUUUCACAAAAGAACCCCUAUUAGAAGAGUACAGCGUUGCAGCCCAGAUUUACAAGUUCUCCCCAGCAGAUAUGUGCGAGUUGGCGAGGAAUUCAGUGAUCCAAUCUGGGUUUGAGAUGGCUAUUAAACGGCAUUGGUUGGGCGCUGAGUGGUACAAAUCGAGUGUCGAGGGUAACGUGAUCCAUAAGACUAAUGUGCCUAAUGGGAGACUAUCGUUCAGACAUUCUACUCUGACUGAAGAAAGAAUGAUGGUGUGGAGGUUUGCCGGACGGAAAGGGAUUCCGAAUCGAGAGCUGGAGAUCUACGAAAUGGGCCCAGGAGCGGAUAACCAAGCUCCACCGAAGAAAGAAGAAGAUCAUCAAAAGGGGAACAACGAUGCGAGGUCCGAUCGAGCCAAGGAUAACCCAAAACAAGCCGGCUCAAAAGAUCAUCCGGAGAAAGUCACACUGCCCUCCUCUCCUUCUAGAAAACCUGGCAAUCAGCCCGGCUUGACCAAAGACGCUUUGUCUGUUGCUAUGGCGGCUAUGUCUUUGAAACCGUCCGAUAUCUCCGCCGUCCAACCAGGAGUCUCACUCUUCUUGGCUGAUAAACAACAACACCAGCAACAGUCAAAGCAAUAA